UUGAGCUGACCAAUGAGGAGAUGGAGAUCUUGGAUGGACUGGAUCAAGGACAAACGGGUUCGAUAGUACAGGUUGUGAUUAAUUCUUUAUAGGUCUUUUGUGGGUGAAAUUCUCUCCGUUAAAUUGUGGUGAACCCGAUACGUCCCCCGGCCCCAAGCCUCUCCACGACCUGCUUCUGUCAUCUACACCGCACCAAUAGCGCACCAGAAAGAAUCCAUCAACUCUCAAACCAAGCAAACCCUUCAAAGCGAUUUCAGACAAUGAGCUAUAUCCAGCCUCUUCGACGCCUCUACCUCAACUCCCAACGCAAGCUUAUCGAUGAACGAAGAGCUCGUAGAUCGGUCGACAGGCAGCUACACGACGUCAGAAGGCAACUCGCAGCGGCCCGAGAGAACCACAGUCAGGAGAUGGGGCGAGCGAAGGCCGAGAUUACGGCUCUUGAGAAGAAGCACGAGGAAGAGUUGAAGGGGUUCGAGACGUUGACACAGGUGAGUCAGCGGCUGAAGAAGGAGUUGGAAGGGAAGGAGGCUUUGUACCGGGUUGGGCUGGACGCCCGAUUACGGUUUCUGGAGUAUGCGAGAGAGUCAAUCUCCGGCGUCAAUCCCGGUAAUCUCGAUCAGGGGGUAAUUGCGAGGCGAAAUGACGCUGCGCAUAGAGGACAUGGAGAAGCAGACCUUGCGGCAUUGAGUUGCCUCCGUGGUGUUGUACCCACUGCACUUCUGGAUGCACUCUUCAUCGACCUCUAUCACUGCCCGACUUCUCGAUACCUCAACUGGACCGAACCGAAACUUCGAGACGCUCUCAACUAUCAAACCUCUAUUCGCACUCUUACUAUUCAGAAUCACAGCUUGAACAGGCCCAUUAGAGAGCGCCAAUCUGCCAUGGAACAUUUCCAGUUCAUCUGGGAAACCUAUGAGAGGUUCAGAGAUUCUUUUAAAAGCUUGAUAAUGCCACGAGGUCCGGGAUUGAACGGCGACUUGUUAUCUUGAAGGAGCUCACAGCUACGAUUCUGAUAGCAGAUCGUUUAGGCAAAGGAAUUGUUUAGGGGAAGAGUUGUGGUUGUGAAAUUGGACAACCUUGGGAGCUCCAAGUUCUUUCACUCUUGGGAGCUACGCAAACAUCGAUGACUGUGGGC